AUGGCUCCAGAGAAUUACCCAAAGCCUCAUAAAGCCACUCAAGGCUACCCAAAGCCUCGUAAAGCCACCCAAGACUACCCAAAGCCUCGUAAAGCCACCCAAGACUACCCAAAGCCUCAUAAAGCCACUCAACGCUACCCAAAGCCUCGUAAAGCCACCCAAGACUACCCAAAGUCUCGUAAAGCCACCCAAGACUACCCAAAGCCUCAUAAAGCCACUCAACGCUACCCAAAGCCUCGUAAAGCCACCCAAGACUACCCAAAGCCUCGUAAAGCCACCCAAGACUACCCAAAGCCUCAUAAAGCCACUCAAGGCUACCCAAAGCCUCAUAAAGCCACUCAAGACUACCCAAAGCUUCAUAAAGCCACCCAAGACUACCCAAAGCCUCAUAAAGCCACUCAAGGCUACCCAAAGCCUCAUAAAGCCACUCAAGGCUACCCAAAGCCUCAUAAAGCCACUCAAGGCUACCCAAAGCCUCAUAAAGCCACCCAAGACUACCCAAAGCCUCAUAAAGCCACCCAAGACUACCCAAAGCCUCAUAAAGCCACCCAAGACUACCCAAAGCCUCAUAAAGCCACUCAAGGCUACCCAAAGCCUCAUAAAGCCCCUCAAGGCUACCCAAAGCCUCAUAAAGCCACUCAACGCUACCCAAAGCCUCAUAAAGCCCCUCAAGGCUACCCAAAGCCUCAUAAAGCCACUCAACGCUACCCAAAGCCUCAUAAAGCCCCUCAAGGCUACCCAAAGCCUCAUAAAGCCACUCAACGCUACCCAAAGCCUCAUAAAGCCACCCAAGACUACCCAAAGCCUCAUAAAGCCACUCAACGCUACCCAAAGCCUCAUAAAGCCCCUCAAGGCUACCCAAAGCCUCAUAAAGCCACUCAACGCUACCCAAAGCCUCAUAAAGCCACCCAAGACUACCCAAAGCCUCAUAAAGCCACCCAAGACUACCCAAAGCCUCAUAAAGCCACUCAAGGCUACCCAAAGCCUCAUAAAGCCCCUCAAGGCUACCCAAAGCCUCAUAAAGCCACUCAACGCUACCCAAAGCCUCACAAAGCCUCCGUAAAAUGA